CCGUUACUGGUGGUGACGCACUUCCGUGUUGACCCACGUUGUUUCUACAAGAGAGGCGAGAACUUGAAUAAGAGCUCAAAAUGAGGCCACUGACCGAAGAAGAGACGAAAACGAUGUUUGAGAAACUUUCAAAGUAGUGAGUAAACGUAUCUGUAUUUACAUAUAUACUCAUUUGUAUAGUUUUUUUAAUCGUUAAGCUUUUUAACCUACUAAAACGUUAGCGUCCUCGUUAGCCAUGUGUAUGACCCACUCAAUUUCCCCUCCUGCAGCAUCGGUGAAAACAUUAAACUUCUCGUGGACCGGCCCGACGGUACCUAUUGUUUCAGACUACAGAAUGACCGUGUGUACUACAUGAGGUAAAACAUGAUCAGCACAUAUCGAUAAUGUGGGGUGUUACAGUGUUGUUACAUCAAUUUGACAUUGUUUUUUCUUUCCUGUCAACAGUGAGAAAAUAUUGAAGCUGGCCACAAAUAUUUCCCGGGACAAGCUCGUGUCGGUGGGGACAUGUUUUGGGAAAUUCACAAAGACGAAUAAAUUCCGACUACACAUCACAGCGCUGGAUUUCCUGGCUCCCUAUGCAAAGGUGAUGAUAGGGCUGAGUCUCAGUUUAAUUAUGUGGGUUUUUGGUUUUACUCAUUUGCAUAUGUACGGUGGCUGAGAACCGCCACUGCUGCAAAUUUUAAAAAAAGCAAAUAAAGAGAAGCCACAACAGAAGUUACCAAUGCAAAAAAAAAUAAAGGAAAAAGAAAAAGUGAUCUGGAGGAUGCCGUGUAGAGUUAGCUUCAGUUCAACUUUCUAUCGACUCAGGCGCUACAUAUCCUAACCACAUGACACAUUGAAAAGCACACAAAGCGAAAUUAAACAAUAACCUUUCCACUUACUUCUUUGCUGAUCUUCUCGCCGUUGUCUUCUGUGCCUAGAUCACCAAACACUGGUGUAUCAUCAUUAUUUGUCCCCAGCAGCUCACUUCCAUUGUGGCUUUUUUUAUUUGCAUCCUUUUAUUUUUGCAGCAAGUAACUUCUUUUUUUCCAUCGCCACUUUUUUUUGUAUCAUUAACUUCCGUUGGGGCUUUAUUUAUCUGCACCUUUACAUUUUUUUUGCAGCAGGCUUUGGUUUUCUUUUUUUUGCAUCAAUAACUUCUGUUGUGGUUUCUUUUUUUUUUGCAUUCUUUUUUUAUUUGCAGCAGUGGCGGUUCUUGGCUACCGUACAUAUCAGUCCAUCACCUGCCAGUGAAGGUUUGACAAAAAAAGAUAAAAUCUGGAAAAGCGUUAAGAUUUACAAGUAUCACAAAUUGAGUGAGGUAGAGUCAUGAUCAGAAUCCCAGUAAAGUGUUCAGAAAUUUGCGUUUUCAAACACAGGCGUUUGAUUAGAGAGACCAAUUAAUGGCAUCUGUCAUAACAAGGCCGAUAUUAUCAUUAUACACUCACCGGCCACUUUAUUAGGUACACCAUGCUAGUAACGGGUUGGACCCCCUUUUGCCUUCAGAACUGCCUCAAUUCUAUGUGGCAUAGAUUCAACAAGGUGCUGGAAGCAUUCCUCAGAGAGCUUGGUCCAUAUUGACAUGAUGGCAUCACACAGUUGCCGCAGAUUUGUCGGCUGCACAUCCAUGAUGCGAAUCUCCCGUUCCACCACAUCCCAAAGAUGCUCUAUUGGAAUGAGAAUGGUGACUGUGGAGGCCAUUUGAGUACAGUGAACUCAUUGUCAUGUUCAAGAAACCAGUCUGAGAUGAUUCCAGCUUUAUGACAUGGCGCAUUAUCCUGCUGAAAGUAGCCAUCAGAAGUUGGGUACAUUGUGGUCAUAAAGGGAUGGACAUGGUCAGCAACAAUACUCAGGUAGGUUGUGGCGUUGCAACGAUGCUCAAUUGGUACCAAGGGGCCCAAAGAGUGCCAAGAAAAUAUUCCCCACACCAUGACACCACCACCACCAGCCUGAACCGUUGAUACAAGGCAGGAUGGAUCCAUGCUUUCAUGUUGUUGACGCCAAAUUCUGACCCUACCAUCCAAAUGUCGCAGCAGAAAUCGAGACUCAUCAGACCAGGCAACGUUUUUCCAAUCUUCUAUUGUCCAAUUUCGAUGAGCUUGUGCAAAUUGUAGCCUCAGUUUCCUGUUCUUAGCUGAAAGGAGUGGCAUCCGGCGUGGUCCUUCUGCUGCUGUAGCCCAUCUGCCUCAAAGUUCGACGUACUGUGCAUUCAGAGAUGCUCUUCUGCCUACCUUGGUUGUAACGGGUGGUUAUUUGAGUCACUGUUGCCUUUCUAUCAGCUCGAACCAGUCUGGCCAUUCUCCUCUGACCUCUGGCAUCAACAAGGCAUUUCCGCCCACAGAACUGCCGCUCACUGGAUAUUUUUUCUUUUUCGGACCAUUCUCUGUAAACCCUAGAGAUGGUUGUGCGUGAAAAUCCCAGUAGAUCAGCAGUUUCUGAAAUACUCAGACCAGCCCUUCUGGCACCAACAACCAUGCCACGUUCAAAGUCACUCAAAUCACCUUUGUUCCCCAUACUGAUGCUCGGUUUGAACUGCAGGAGAUUGUCUUGACCAUGUCUACAUGCCUAAAUGCACUAAGUUGCCGCCAUGUGAUUGGCUGAUUAGAAAUUAAGUGUUAACCAGCAGUUGGACAGGUGUACCUAAUAAAGUGGCCGGUGAGUGUAUUUGACAGCAUAUCAAAUCUAAAACUUACUAGUGUUUGCUGUCACCUCUGUUUUGAUAUAUAAAGUAAUGCAGUUUAAUAUUAUUAACAUUCAUUGUAUACUUUUUCUCUCUUUAUAUGAAUUCAAUCCACUUAAGUUCAGUAAUAUUACUUUUUUUUUGUUAGCAGCAUUCUUUUGAAAAAUAAACUACAAUGUGAAACCAUUUUUCAUAUAUCGGCUGUCAGCUGACCUGCUUCAGAAUAGAAUAAAACUUUAUUGAUCCCCCAAAGGGGAAGUUCCUAUUGUCACAGCAGCAACAGAUACAGCAGGACAAACAAAAGGUAUCAUCAAAAUAAAAAGCUUUGACAACAAAUAAAAAGUUGUGACAGAAAAUAAGAUAAAAACCUAAAUGUUAAAGUGCUCCACCGUGCUAGGACCUGUGUGUUUGUGCUACAUCUCAUUCAGGCCUGUUAAACAGUCUGAUGACUGUGGGACGAAAGGAGCGCCCAAACCUCUCCAUUCUGCUCCUGGGGAGAGUCAGUCUUCGGCUGAAAGUACUCCCUGUCAGCCACAGCUCCUUGUGGGGGGGUGGGAGGGGUUUUCCAAGAUGUUGUUGAUCUUGUCCUUUAUCCUCCUCUCCCUCACUGCCUCCAAACUGUUCAGUUUGUGGCCCACCACCCUGCUGGCCCUCCUCACCAGCCUGUUGAUCUUGUUCUGCUCUCCCUCCUUGAUGCCUCCACCCCCAGCACACCACAGCAAAAAACAAUGUGCUUGCCACCAUAGAUUGGUAGAAGGUGGCCAACAGUUUACUGCACACACUAAAGGACCUGAGCCUCUGAAAGAAAUACAUACGGCUCUGCCCCUUCUUGUACACAGCAUCUGUGUAGUCCUUCUAGUCCAGCCUGUUAAUGUGGACACCCCAAGAACUCAUUUCUCAUUAUUGGUAUCGGCACUGGCCAUAAAAAUACUGAUAUUGGUCAACCACCACAUAUUAUUGUAAAUACCAUGUGCUAAUGACAAUACCAGCCCUUACUUGUUGAAAAUAUUUUUGUGAUUUGAAAGUCAAGGAAACCAUGUUGAAACAACAGAAAUUAAAAAAAUAUACUUUUCUUAUGAAAGAUGUAGGUUGACUUUACACCUGAUACUCGUAAUGUUUCAAUCAAGUUGUUGCAGGAGCAACUAAACUCCAAAAAAUUUGUGACAGUCAUCUAAGACCAAGAUCCAGGACUUAUGAGGAGCUAAAUUCUGAUACAAAUAAGACAUUUCACUUCCUAUACUCCUGAGUCGGUCUGCUGAGUUCCCAAACAUACAGAGGAUGUUGUUGAAAGAGGAAGUGAUGCAGCACAUCAGUAAACAUGCCCCUGCCCCAACGUUUUAAAAACACGCUACUGCUAUCAGGUUAAAGUUGAGCAAAUAUUUUACAUGAAGUAAUACAUUUUUAAAUUUAUGAUAGUCAUUGCCCUGUUGUCAAUUUAUGACAUGAGAUCCACGUCAAUGUGCUUUACUUCAAUGUGUGACAUCUUACUUUUUUGUGUCGUAUGUACAGUUUAAAGUGUGGGUGAAGCCUGGAGCAGAGCAGUCUUUCCUGUAUGGAAACCAUGUAUUAAAAUCUGGGCUUGGGAGGAUCACAGAAAACACUCAACAGUACCAGGGUGUUGUAGUCUACUCCAUGGCCGAUGUCCCCUUGGUAAGUUUUGCAGCUCUAUGUAUUUCUCACAGAGUUGAAGCCAUCAAGUUCUUCAGUAUCCAUAUGGGCCAGUGAAACAGAAUGAUGAAAUGCAAAUGGAGUAGUCUGCUUUGAAACCUUUUAUUGCAGUUUUCACUUAUAUUUCCUGUAAACCAUAGAACAUUCUUAAGUGACUGAGCAUUUCCCGAGCUUAUGUCCUUGUUUUUACAUCAUGAAAAUAAUUUUUUUUUCUGCCUCUUCUCAUCAGAAAGAUUUUCCCCAACAGUCAUGUCUUAUAUUUUUCAGGGUUUUGGAGUGGCAGCCAAGAACACCCAGGAGUGUCGGCGUGUCGACCCCAUGUCCAUUGUGGUGUUUCACCAGGCUGAUGUGGGAGAGUUCAUCAGGAAUGAAGACACUUUAACAUAAAGUUGCAUCAACAAUUUGACUGUGGAUUUUCACGUGUCCCUGCCUGGUUCCAGUAUGGUUACAUUUGCAGAAAUUUAAUUCCCAAGUAGCUGGUUAUGGUGUGGCUGGGUAAAUCAAUUCCAGCACCUGGUACACUGACACAGCAACUACAGAUGUCACCAUUCACCAAUAUUUUCAAGGGCUCUUGGACUUCCAUGUGAAUUUCUCCACUGACUGAUGUUGAGAUACAGAUUAUCCAAAGGAUUCACCUAUUCUUGAGACUCCUGAUGCUCCCUUAACUCAAUUUAGAACAAAACUGUUCAAAGGUUUUCUCUGUGCAUAUUCUUGUCUGUUUUAUUUUAAAUAAAUCCAUUUGUCUCAAGAUUUUGUCGAGCUUUGACUGUAAAUAGUGCUGCAGUAAAAAUGCAUGACACCGUUGCAGUCUUUAUAACAACCAAGAGUCAAACCUGCAACCUAAACUUAAAAUUUCCUUCACUUUGUGAACAGAAGACUUAAAAAAAAAAGUAAAACAGAAAUUAGAAGUUUACCAAGUAGACUAUGUAACCUUUCAUUCAAACCAGCUUCAUUUUUUUCAUCGUUCUCCAUCUGUCCUUAAGUUGGACAUUUGUUCUGUCUUUAAAGGAGAAAUAAUCCUUAAUCCGAGUCCAAUUGCCUUCCCCAAAUUUCUUAACCCCCUCUAUCAACUGCAGUGUCUCAGCGUCCGUCCACAUCUGAAAAACAACAAAGGAACACAAGGUUACUCCGCUCUCUGCUGCUGCGACACACCAGCCCAAAACAUGAUUUAGAUUUCAUCAGGCAGAUUCACCAGUUUGAGUUCAUGCUUCAGCUAAAUCUACUGCUGUCUCGACAUGCAGUUACUGUUAUUUUCUUUUAUAUUCCUUCUUAAAAAACCGACAGAAGACAUCUCCAAUCAUACCACUAAAGUUUUGUUAUACUUACCCUCUUCUUGGGACCUGAGGUGCUCUCGUUUUGCGAUCCUUUAGAAAAAACAAAGGUAUUUAAUUAUACAAAUAAGCUUUUCAUGGGCAAAUUUAUGCAGACUGAAUAUCAGAAGAAUAUAUUAAAAGACAUAUUACUGUUGCUCUUUUUGAAAGUGAAAUAUGUCUCCUCAUCGCUCCAGGUCUCCCGACUCUCCUUUGCAUUAUGUAACAGUUCUUUCCUAUGAAUGAGAAUUUGUUGUUAAUGCUUGAGAAAAAUUGUGAAAAUAUUAGCACCAAAGGGCA